UCUGAAUCUUGCCGGCGAUGGUGUUUCCGCAGCAAGACGAGAGAAACGCUGGACGCUCAAGAAGCAGCGCGGUUUCGGACUCGGAUCCCGGCACCCAUGCCCGCUAUUUUCCUUCCACCUAACGAUAACGAUGCCAUGCGACUGAAUUACUAAGCGGCAAAUCUCCCCGUUGAUCUCAAAUACAGCAGUAGUUUGCUGCAGACAUGCACCUGCCACUUCUAGACUGACAGUUGAGUCGUUGCCGACCGGUCCUCGGAUGGACGAUCUGGCUCGCGAGUGCUCAUCACCUCGAUUCUCAAAUCAGCAGUCGACUCUGCUGCCUACUUUUGUUUUUCUCAGGCCUAUCGGCAUCCAAUUCUGCCGUAUACCUUUCUUCCUCGGUGCUCUCUCCUCGAACGUAGCUCAACCUUUCCUGAUGGACCAUAGUCUAAGCAUCCGUUCUUCAUGACGACAACACAACAGCAGCGCAAUCAGGACGCCCUGAAAGAAGAUUUCAAGAUAUCAUCGGACCCGGACGCCGCUCCAGUGGUGCCAUCAGGAUCACACGAGAAAACAGAACAGAAUGUGGUCUCAACAAUCGAACAGCCGACAGACGACAAUGAAGUCUAUUCUGUGUUCACACCAACACAGAAAAAGUUGAUCGUACUCACCGCAUCACUGGCUGGCUUCUUCUCCCCACUAAGCGGAUCCAUCUACUAUCCUUCUUUAAACACGAUAGCGGAAGAUCUUGGCAUCACAGCGACGAAAGUCAACCUUACAGUCACAACUUAUAUGAUUGUGCAAGGCUUAGCGCCUAUGUUGACUGCAGGCUUCAGUGAUGGAGCUGGUAGGCGCCCGGCUUAUAUUGCUUGCUUCGUCAUCUAUCUGGCUGCGAAUCUUGGACUGGCUUUACAAAACAACUAUGCCGCGUUACUAGUCCUGAGAUGUCUUCAGAGUGGUGGUAGUAGCGGUACCAUCGCAUUGGCAAAUGGAGUCGUAGGCGAUAUAGUCACAUCAGCUGAGCGAGGAAGUUAUGUCGCAUUUGCCUCUGUCAGUUCGAUCUUAGGACCUACUCUAUCUCCAAUCCUUGGUGGUCUGCUCAGUCAAUACUGGAACUGGCAUGGUAUAUUCUGGUUUCUGCUGGCCUUUGGUGGAGUUUUCUUCAUUCCCCUGUUCCUGUUUUUCCCGGAGACAUGUCGAAAUGUCGUUGGUGACGGGUCUAUACCUGCGCCUAAGCUCAAUUGGAACAUCACGGAUAAUAUCAGACACGCCAACCGAGAGAAGGCUGAAUUGAGGGUUGAUGAGAAGAAACAAGAAGAGCUGCGCAAAAACUAUCGCCUCACUUUCCCGAAUCCUCUAUCUACGCUCGUCGUUCUUACCGACUUGGAAUCCGCUUUAAUAUUAAUCGCUUCUGGGCUGACGCUAGCCUGCUUCUAUGCCGUCAGCACUGGCGCAUCCACAGCUUUUAGAAGCGUGUACGGUUUCGACGACAUGCAAGUCGCUCUCAUGUUCAUUCCAUUCGGAGUCGGCGGCAUCGUCUCAGCAUUUACAACCGGCAAAGCAGUCGACUGGAACUACCGGAGACACGCAAAGAUCAACGGCUUCCCCUUCGUCAAGAACAAGCAACAAGACAUGACCGAGUUUCCUCUGGAAAAAGCACGACUCGAGGUUGCGCUACCACUCUUCUACCUCGGAGCAUUAACUGUACUGGGCUAUGGCUGGGUUAUGGAUAAGCAUGUAUCUCUGGCCGGUCCUAUCAUCUUACUCUUCGUCAUGGGGUACGCUCUCACAGCGGCAUUCCAAAUUUUGAAUAUCAUCAUGCUCGAUGUCUACCCCGGGCGUCCAGCAGUCGCAUCGGCAGCAAACAACAUAGUCCGAUGCGAGCUGGGAGCGGCAACAUCAGCAGCUAUCGUGCCUAUGGCUAAGGCUAUGGGCAAUGGAUGGGCAUAUACGUUGCUUGCAUUCAUACUACUAGCUUAUUCGCCGGCCUUAUUACUGACCAUGAAGUCAGGCGUCAAAUGGCGACGAGCGAAGAAACAAAAACAGGAAGAGAAGGACGCAAGAAUGGCGAAAGAUUUAUCUUAGUUAGUCGUCAUGAGUCUCUACCAAUCGAAGCCUGCUGAUUCCGC